UUUAGUUGUUGGACGGCGUCGUGUUGGUUUACUAAAAGUGUCUGGUUGUUAAAAAUUUGGCCAAUUUUUUGCCACAAAGAAAAUAUCUAUACUAUAUAGAUAACUGUAUACAUAAAAAAUAAAAAUAAAAUAAUAAUAACAAAAUGAAAUGCUGGAGUCGUUCCACACUUGGUGUCAUUAUUGGCAUCCUAAAUAUUUUGCUGUAUAUAUGCGUUGCCGUUAUAAUGAUCGCAAUGCUCCAAACUUUACAAACACACUUCGAUGAUAUGGAACGUUCUAAUACUACUCCCGAGCAAAAAGAGAAAUUGGAUGAACUAGGCACUGUCUUAAUGAGCACCGUAUUGGCCGCAUGUUUAGUUAUGGUCGUUAUAAGUGGUGUCCUUAUAAUGGGCAUUGUACAGAGACGUCACAAGUUGAUGGUGCCUUGGCUGGUUCUUAGUGGUAUUGGCUUUGUCUGUGACUGUGGACGAGUAAUAUUAAUCGUAAUAUUAGGUUUUGUAAAGGGCCAUGCAUUUUCGACAGUACUCGUUUCAUUCGUAUCCGGUGUCUUGGGAGUUGGCAUUGAAGCUCUAAUUUUAUGGCCCAUUUAUACUUUGUGGAGAGAUAUUCGUCGCAAGAAUGAGGAAAAGCCUGGACAGAUUAUUGGAGGGGUUCAAUAUGAAACCGCUCCGGCUUAUGACCCACCACAGUACGAUUAUUACACCUCUAUACCACAAAAAUCUUAAAAAAAUUGUUGCAUUUCAAUAAUAAAAUUUUUGUAUAUAUUCAAAAUAUACCCAAAUAUUUAAAAAAAAAAUUUAUUUUUCUAAAAAAAGAAGAAAAAUAUUUAAUGUUUUCUGUAUGUAUGUGUUUUCAAAUAAUCGAAAUAAAAUAUCUAAUGAAAUAUAAUGAAUUAUAAAGUCAAA